AUGAGCUUCGAUAACCCCUCCUCUUUUUCGACUGCUUCUUCUUCCGAUAAAACUUCUUCCAGGCAGUCACGACCCCAGCAGUCGCCCUGGGGACAGCCGUUUUCUAUCCGACGUCCUUUGACACUAAACACCACUGCACCCACGUCCGCAACCUCUGCAAGUGUCAGUGCCAGUGCGACGCGCAGGGAACACAUUCAAACUCCUUCCGACGCUGACCUCUACAACUCUUCCAUCUCUCCUUCUUCCAACAACUUCCCUCCUUUAGUGGCUAGCUCCACUGCUCGCUUUGGCUCGCGCCGAGGCACGCCUCCAAGUUCAUCUCAUUCCAACUCGCCCAUCACCGGUCUUCAAACUGGCGCUCAUCAGCUGCAGAGUUAUCAAUCCCGCUCCAUCACAUCCCCCAGAUCCAGAACGAUCACCCCGUCCCAGUCGAUUGUUGCAGGCACUGCAGGCACCUUCUCUCAACCAGCCCUGGGGGCCGGAGGUGGUGGUGUUUUCGGCAGGAGUGGUGCAUACUCCCCUUCUUUGAUUGGCAAUACUGGCGUUGGUUCGCCCACUGCUCUCAACUUUGAGCGCUCUCCUAGCAUAUCUUCCAACGUGAGCUCAGCAGCUGCACCCCCUUCUUCUCUCUCCAAGAUCUCGGCCACUCAAAUCCUUCUCUUGCUAGAUACUAUCAGUGAGAGGGAGGGCAAAGCCAAGUGGGACAGUAAAGCAGAAAAGGUCAGAAAACUCCUCGACUCAAACGGCAUGGAGGUCUUCGCACAAUUCUUCCGCCGAACUGUCAUCCUCAACUCGGCUGCCAUCUUCUCCGGUGCCAAAGACUUUGAUCAGGGCAGCUAUAAACUUCUCCGACAGGAACUCGACAAAGUGCUUUGGGACUACGAGCAGUCCUCCAAGAUUGCUGAAGCAAUAGACAACUCGAAAGAAGAUCUUUUCCGAGAUUUUGACCUUACUACCUUCAUUCAACACUUCUUUAAUGACACACUACCUCAAGUCAUCUUGGCUAUUGCCUUUACAAGAUGUGGUCGAACUGAUUUACGAGCCAAGGCCGAAGCUUUUCUGAUUGACUUUGCCGCAUCGUCGCUUCGUACACUCGCAGAAAACCGUGGUAAUUCUCAAGCCUUCUCCAUUGAUUGUAUCUGUUCAGUCAUCGAAUACUAUGCUCUCGCGACAGGUAUCAACACUCAGCAGCAGAAAAUCGACCUUUGGACUGCCUUAUCUUCACGUUAUGCUGCGUUAAAGCCAGACCAGUUCAGCCCUGCCUUGACGUCCUCACAACUACUACGCUUGCCAAACGAUGCACGGGAAUUGGCACGUGCUCUACAGCGAAGUGGCCCUAAACCUCUAGCAAGCAAGCAAGCGGCUCAGGAUUUUAUCGGCACUUUUGAGAAUGGACUUUUGAAUGAGGCCGAGGUUGCCAAUGCAAUUUUGUUUCUAGUUUUCUCAUUCAACCAGCAGUACGAAAUCAAUCAUCUGGUGACUGCCCUUCAACCAAAGAAACUGGAUUGGAAUAUUGUCGUGCAAGGAUUCGACAUAGCUGGACUUCGUCUGCGAAGGGAUUGCUUUUCGCGCCUGUUGAAUGCACUGAGAGGGCCUGCAGCAGAGAAUUCAUCCUUUGACUUGCAAAAGUUGUGGGGUGGCCAAUGGCAAAAUCCUGAUACUCAGAUUUCAUUCUUGGGGGGCUACCUGGCUGGUUCACCAAAGGAGCUUCAAGUCACUAAAAUCCCAAACCUCCGUUCCAGUCUUUCGCUGGAAGAGUUCAACAAUCAAUCUAGCGAAACCAAGCAAUUACUCGACGCAGAACUUGCGAGUCCUUAUGUCUCUGCGGACGCUUGUCAGGCAAUUUUUGAGAUCGUGCUUGGACCAAAUGCAGCACCUGAUGGCGAAGAUCGUCUAGACAUCUUACACGAUGUUUAUCAGUCUCAUGCAGCGAUUUUUCUGCUGUACUUGUCUCGCAUCAACGCAAAGCCAUGGGCUGCUGAUCAAGAGAAGUUCAUCGCCGAAUGCUUCAGUGUCUUUCUUGAAAAACAACGACCUGGCUAUCAACCAGUCCUUGAUACACUCUCAUCUCAAAAUCCGCAAUUCCUGUUCGACCUCUGUCACCUUGUCUUUCAGCUUGAUCCUCGGCAGACAGAGACGAUCUACGAUCGAGCUGAGGAGUUUGGGUGGACUGAGAGCUUUUUGAAGCACUGGUCCAACCCAUUGGCACUAGACAUUGCUUGUAUUCGAAACAAGACGGUGCCAGACUUCGACCUUGACAAGUACAUUUCAGAGGCAGCUGAGGCCCAACCCAAUCUUGGCAUGAUCCUAUGCAAAUAUCUUCGAAUAAAAGCGGACGAUGAGUUCCGUGUUCAGAGAGGCGAAACCGCACCACAGUCAACCCCACUCAGUUUGCGGACCGUCCAUACAUUACUCGAAAAGUUAGAGGACUAUCUCGACAACCGAGAACUUCUUGAAGCUGCCCAGACCACCUGUCUCCAGACAUAUCCGCGGCUGAUGAAUUAUGGUGCUGGCUUCGAUGAUGUUCUCGAAAAGAGCAGCGAGGAAAAAGGAAACAAGCUUCCUGAAGCAAUUGACAAGCAAAUGUCGGAACUCUUUGGAAGGAUGUAUCGAUCUGAGUUGUCCAUCCGUGACAUGGUCAAUGAGAUGCGAAGAUUCAAAACAUCUCGAGAUCCCGAUCAACAAGAUCUCUUCUGCUGCAUUGUUCAUGGCCUUUUUGACGAAUAUGUCUGCUACAACGAAUACCCGGAAGAUGCACUUGAGAAGACUGCACUGUUGUUCGGCAGCAUCAUCAAGUACAAGCUACUUCCUUCCAUCCCACGAGAAUUUGGUCUUGCUCUCAUACUGCGAGCUGUCCGCGACCAUGAAGGCGAGUCUCUCAUGCACCGGUUCGGUAUCGAGGCGCUGUUGCAGAUUAGUGAUCAGCUUGCCGAGUGGCCAGGCCUCUGUAGUUUACUACUGCAAGAGCCUUCACUUCAGCAUCCAGAAAUCCUGCAACGGGCAGAAGAAGGCCUAAGAGCAGAACAAGCAAGCGGCAAUGGUGUGGGCACGAAUGGAACCACCAAAGCAAUCACAACUAAUGGUGAAGAGCCCACAAAACUUGAUACUGGUCGAGGAUUUCGAGGGUUGCGUGCAGAUCAACCACCACCUCGAUCAAAUUUCCGAGAUCCUGAUCAGAAAGUUCAAGAAAAAAUUCUUUUUGUCAUCAAUAACCUUUCCAAGGACAAUAUGUCAACCAAGUUUACAGAUUUGAAGGAAUCAUUCAGUUCGGAACACUACCAGUGGUUUGCAUCAUAUCUCGUCGAGCAACGUGCUAGGCUGGAACCCAAUAAUCAAGAGAUGUAUAUGCAAUUCAUCAAGUUAGCCGAUGAUCCUCUCCUUCUUUCAGAAAUCAUUCGAGAGACCUACGUCAGUGUCGCGAAGAUGAUGGGUGCUGAAUCGACAAUCAACUCUGCUACAGAGCGAAGUCAUUUGAAGAACCUCGGUGGCUGGCUUGGUUCUCUGACUUUGGCACAAGACAAGCCGAUCAAACACCGCAAUAUCUACUUCGUCGACCUUUUGAUUGAAGGUUAUGAGACCCAACGGUUGAUACUGGUAAUCCCAUUUACCUGCAAAGUUCUUGCACAAAGUGCACGCUCGGUCGUGUUCAUGCCCCCAAAUCCGUGGCUGAUGGAGAUUAUCCAGGUUUUGGUUGAAUUGUAUCAUUUUGCCGAACUCAAACUGAACUUGAAAUUCGAGAUUGAGGUUUUGUGUAAAGAUCUCUCCAUCGAUUUCAAGAAAGUAGAGCCUGCCACACUCAUAAGAGACCGACCACAAGCGGAUGACGAAAUCACCAAUCUAUCUGGUCUGCCGGACGGCCUCGAGUCUUUUGAUGACAUGUCAUUGAAUGGUGCCAUCAAUCGUGGUGUGCGUGAGCGGUUAUCAGCUCCAGAAAUUAUGGCGACACUUCCGAAUUUGGAAGAGGUGCUCAAGUAUCCACCUACUUCAAACAACCCUGCCGACCAGGCCAUGGUCAAGAACAUAAUCUAUCGGGCCUUUGAUCAAGCCAUCCAAGAAAUCAUCGCGCCAGUGGUCGAGCGAUCGAUCACCAUUGCCUCGAUUUCUACAGCGCAACUCGUGGCAAAGGAUUAUGCCCUUGAACCUGAUGCAGACAAAUAUCGCGAAGCUGCUCGCCACAUGGUCAAAGCUCUUGCAGGAAGUUUGGCUCUGGUCACUUGCAAAGAGCCUCUCCGAAUGAGCAUCUCCAACUAUAUUCGCCGACCAGCGCAGGAAGACUUGCCUGAGCAACUCUUACCGGAAGGUGCCAUUCUUAUGUGUGUCAAUGACAAUCUGGACCUUGCCUGUAGCUUCGUCGAGCAAGCUGCUGAGCAACGCGCUGUCCCCGAGAUUGAUCAAGUCAUAGAGCCUGAACUGGAAGAGAGACGUCGAUUUGUUGCCGAGGGUGGUGGUCGAGACUUCAUUCCUUCUGGCAUUAACCGUUGGUCAGCUUGGAUCCCUGAACCAUACAAGCAAACUGUGGGUGGAUUAAACGAUGCCCAAAGAGCUGUGUAUGAAGACUUCGAUCGCCGGGUUCAUGGAAUGAGCGCCAACCAUGUGCCCAAUCCAUCCGUGGACUCUACUGGACGACAAAUACCCGAUGUCUUGCAGGAAGCCCUAUCCAUGCCAACUCUGUCUACACCAGCUGAACAACCUGUUCUGCCACACCAGAGUCCUCUACUGCAGCAGGAAAACCGUAUUCUCUCGGCGUUGCAACAGCCCCGUGUUAAUGGGUUUCCUGAAGCACUUCCUCCCCAUGAGAGAAUAUCCAUCCUUAUCGAAGAUGUCCAGAAAGCGGCCCGCGCAUCCGAGGCGACCCGAUUGAAAGAUUUGGAGAAGAACAGUUCCAUAUUUCAGGAUUUCCGCCAAAUCCUAAUUGUCCUUACCUCAUCGACUCGCCCAGCAGUUGAUUUGCUGGCUAGGCAAAUUGCUGAGAAGAUAUGCAACAUAUUUGUGUCCAAGCCACCGCAGGGAUCUCUCGAAGCGGAGGUCUUGGCAUUUUUGUUGUCCAAGCUUUGCCAGCUUUCCGAGCUCAUCAUUCGGGAUGUUUUGCGUUGGAUGACAGCCAACGAAGACCUUUUAUUGGGAAGCUCGAAUGUGGUGGUCUCUCUGCUGGCUGUGGGUCUCAUGGAGUUUGCCAGAGUCGACGUCGCCAUCUCGACGGUACUAAUAGCUCGCAAUCACCAUGGUUUACAGGUCUUCGCAGACAUACUGGACCAGACCUUGUUCACCGAUGAGCCAACAGCGCUCCGUGCUGACUUUGCCAACAGCAUGAUUGCCAUGUCAGCAUGGCUCAAAGAAGACUCUGAGGUCCCAUUGGCAACCGAAAUCAAUGAAAAGUUGAAAGCACACGGGUUUUCACAAUUUGUGAGCGUUGAUGUCCCCGACAAAGUCAAGGUGAAGCAAGACCAAAUGCGCUACGUUUUCGACGAAUGGGUGGGAAUCUUUGAGAACAUUGGUCCAAAUGAAGGUACCUGCGCAGCGUUCCUCAAGGAGCUUCACAAAGAGCAGACGAUCAAUAGCACUGAAGAUCUCACCGAAUUUCUGCGCUUGUGUCUCGAAGCCUGUAUUGAUUGUUACGAGCGUGAGGCGCAAAGCCUUCGGGGUAGUGUGGACGUUGCAUUCUCUCAUGCCGACGCACUCGCUCGACUUGUGAUCUUGCUGGUUAGGUUCCAGGGGGACAAUAACGGAGCUGUCCAAAUCAACAAAGCCACAUAUCUUCAGAAUAUUCUGACAGUUCUGGUGCUGAUACUCAAUCAUCAUCAGGUCAUGCGCGGGGUGGCUUUCCACCAACGCCUCUUCAAUCGCCUGUUCACCAGCAUGCUCUAUGAAUAUUCCUCAGCUAGACUGGAGGAGACACCCGAUCACAAUGAUCUCAUGCUAGCUUUUGCGAAGUGCUUCAAAUCCUUGCAGCCAGCAUGGUUUCCCAGCUUUACGUAUGGCUGGCACAGUCUUGUGCUACACCGAGUAUUUGUCGGUGGAAUUCUCAGAGCGAACAAUCAACGCGGGUGGGACAGCUAUCGAGAACUUCUCGGGUUACUGCUGUUGUAUAUCUCGGAAUUGUCGAAGACGCCUGGACUUGAUCUUCUGAACCUCGAUCUGUACAAAGGUACGCUCAGAAGCAUCUUGGUCUUACUCCAUGAUUACCCCGAGUUCCUCUGCGAGAACCAUUCGUAUUUCUGCUCCAGAAUCUCAUAUGGAAUUCCACAAUUGAGAAACCUCAUUCUCACGGCCAAGCCAUCGGCCUAUCAUGACCUUCCUGAUCCCAUGACGCCUGGACUCAAAAUCGAGCGGCUGGAUGAAAUGAAGCGAAACCCGAUUCUCGCUCACGAUCUUGAUGCGCCACUUGAGCACGAAGGGUUGAAGGAAACAAUUCACAAUAUCGUCCAAAAAACCAUGGAUAUUGAAGCCGGGUUGAAACAAAUCAAGGCCGCGCUUCAAGUCGAUAGCACACAAGCAUCAGCGGUUGCUCCACCCAAGAAUGUGGAAAUCAUCACGGCUCUGGUCCCUUUUACUGGCCAAGAAGCUUUGAACAGCGCGCCUGGAAGAUUCGAUCCCAAUUCAGUGCAUGUUUCAUUCUUGAUGAAACUUGCUUUUGGACUGGACUACAGCGGGCGAUAUCAGUUGGUGAACGCGAUUGCUGACCAGAUCCGCUACCCCAACACUCACACCGACUUCUUCUGCAAAUUGUUGCUUCACUUGUGGGGAAGUGGGACCGUGGACGAAGCACAACGAGAACUUCGAGAACAAAUUGCUCGUGUUGUGUAUGAAAGACUCACGGUUGCGCGGCCACACGUUUGGGGUAUGAGCAUUCUCUUCCUCGAAUUGCAGCAAAACACCACGUAUGGCUUUUGGGAGUCGAUCACGCCUGAUAGCAACAUGCAGCAGCGUCUCCAACAGGCCAUGCGGACUUCUCUUUGA